UGCUGCUCUUCCAGCCUUUUUGUGCUUUCUCCUCCUGCCCAGUCUCUCCUGCUCCUGCCCCAGUCGCUGCCUCUGCUUCAGGACCACAGUGAGAUGCAUGCAUCUGAUGCUGGAAACCAUCCCCGAUAUCCCACCCCAGACAAACAUACUGGAUUUACGCUUCAACCACAUCAAGGAGAUACAACCUGGAGCCUUCAGAAGACUGAAGAACCUCAACACGCUGCUGCUGAACAACAAUCAAAUAAAACAAAUUGUGAGAAGAUCCUUUGAAGAUCUGGAGAACCUGAAAUACCUCUACCUUUAUAAAAAUGAAAUUCAGAGCAUCCAGCAACAUGCCUUCAACGGGCUUCGUUCUCUGGAACAGCUCUAUCUGCAUUUCAACAACCUGGAAAGUCUGGAGCUGGAGACUUUUAGUGACCUGCCAAAACUUGAAAGGCUAUUCUUGCACAACAACAAGAUUUCCAGGAUUCAUCCAGGGACAUUCUCUCAACUGGAAUCCCUCAAACGGCUGCGGCUGGACUCCAACGCUUUGCUUUGUGACUGUGACCUGAUGUGGCUGGCAGAGCUGCUGAGGAAAUAUGCUGAGCAGGGCAGCAUCCAGACAGCAGCCACCUGCGAGGCACCACGGGACCUGCACGGCCGCUCCAUCGUCACCCUGACCGCCCAGGAGUUCAACUGCGAUUAA